UCGGCCGGAGAUGGAGCGGCUGGCGCGCGGGCCGCUCGGGCUGUGGCUGCUGCUGCUGCUGCUUCUCCUCCCCCCAGUACCUGGCCGCCAGCAGGAGUCAGGUUCAAAGUGGAAAGUGUUUAUUGACCAAAUUAACAGAUCUUUGGAGAAUUAUGAACCAUGUUCAAGUCAGAACUGCAGCUGUCACCUUGGGGUCAUGGAAGAGGAUCUGGCUCCUUUCCGAGGAGGCGUCUCCAGGAAGAUGAUGAUGGAGGUGGUGAGGCGCAAGCUGGGCACCCACUAUCAGGUCAUUCAGAACAGAUUGUACCGAGAGAAGGACUGCAUGUUCCCCUCAAGGUGUAGUGGUGUUGAACACUUUAUUUUGGAAGUUAUCGGAGACCUCCCUGACAUGGAAAUGGUCAUCAAUGUGCGGGAUUACCCUCAGGUGCCCAAGUGGAUGGAGCCUGCCAUUCCAGUCUUCUCGUUCAGCAAGACCUCUGAGUACCACGACAUCAUGUACCCUGCUUGGACGUUCUGGGAAGGGGGCCCUGCAGUCUGGCCGAUUUACCCGACAGGCCUUGGACGGUGGGAUCUCUUCAGGGAAGACCUCACAAGGUCAGCAGCACAGUGGCCAUGGAAAAAGAAAAAUUCCACAGCAUAUUUCCGAGGAUCAAGAACAAGUCCAGAACGAGAUCCUCUCAUUCUUCUCUCUCGGAAAAAUCCAAAACUUGUUGAUGCAGAGUACACCAAAAACCAGGCCUGGAAAUCUAUGAAGGACACCCUGGGGAGGCCGGCCGCUCAGGAUGUCCACCUUGUGGAUCACUGCAAGUACAAGUAUCUUUUUAAUUUCCGUGGCGUCGCUGCGAGUUUCCGGUUCAAACAUCUCUUCCUCUGUGGCUCGCUUGUUUUCCACGUGGGGGACGAGUGGCUGGAAUUCUUCUACCCACAACUGAAGCCAUGGGUCCACUACAUCCCAGUCCGAACAGACCUCUCUGACGCUCAGGAGUUGUUACAGUUUGUAAAAGCAAAUGAUGAUGUAGCUCGAGAAAUUGCUGAAAGGGGAAGACAAUUUAUUAUAAACCACUUGCGGAUGGAUGACAUCACUUGUUACUGGGAGAAACUGUUGACUGAGUAUUCCAAAUUCCUGUCCUAUAAUGUGACCAGGAGGAAAGACUAUGAGCAGAUCAUUCCCAAAAUUUUGAAAACUGAACUUUAGCAGUCAACACCAGAACAUGGUCCUCUCCCCGGAGCAGAUCUUGGAUAUCCUGUGGUGAGGAGCUUACCAUGAGAGGGGGCACUUGAAUACUGUCAUCCAGCCAAAAAUUAUGACUUUUCUUCUCAUGCUGCAUAUAGAGCAACUCUGGAAGAAGAUCCAAAGUGUGUAUAAUGCAGAUUGGAAGCAGCUUACCGCUUUGGCAGAAGAAGGGCCAGAAAUCAUGAGAUGCAGGUUUUGAACCCAAUCUUACCUUUUAUUUUCUAGUGACCAGUCACAGCUUGUGCCUCAAAUCAUCCACAUGUCUGUUUUCAUUACUGUGAAAUGAACUGUGUGAGAUGAUGCCCUUGGUUCCUGUUACUUGGACAGAAACUUGAUCACUGCAUUUCUGCAAGAUGUUCUAGGCUUGAUCUUUGUCACUGUGUUUUAAUAGGAAACACUGUAACAUGUGAAAAAUAGGGAGGAUCAUUUCCUGAAAGGCCUAAGGAUGCAGUGGUUCUUGUAAAAACAUGAAUGCUGUGCUCAGGAGGUUUCUAAGCAGCACAUAGAAAGGGGCCAGUUGCAUUGCAGUUGGAUAUCAGGUUCCCUUUUCUGUGCCUUUGCGCUUUUUUUUUUUUUUAAUGGUCUCAAAAGAUAAAAGUUUCUUAGUAAAUUUUAAAAGGGAUUGUGUAUAAGACAGCAAAUUCUCCACACACUUGCACACCCUUGAUUUUUUCAAAAUAGGGGCCACACCUGGUGGUACUGGCUGGGAGGAAUGGGUGGGAGAUGAGGGGAACAGAGCAUUUCCUUUGGGCGUUCACUGUAUGAUGCUGGGUUGUGUGGAAGUUUGUGGCAUCAGAGAUUGAGCUCAGGGCCUUGCAUGUCACACUUGAGGCACAUUCUUCCACUGGAGUGAUUUCCCCCGCCCUCUUUUUUUAUUAAUUGACUGUGUGACAGGAAUAUCAAGGGAUCUUCACAUGCAGAAUGGUAAGUUCAGAGCAUUCAGUUUUAACACUGAUUUUUAUAUGAGAUGUUUUAGUGCAAAUUUCUGUUAUAAUGCCUUCUGUCUCUCGUUUCCAUUUUAAAAAAAAAGAAUUUUUACUUUGAUCUUUCUGGGUACACUCCUUAAUGUCAAAAAUGAGGAAAUUUUUAGGUAUGAUUUUGAUGACUCGGGAUCAUCCCUCUUUUGGACCCAACUUUUUCACAGAGAAAUUCUUUUCCUUUGCCUUCUAAGAACUCUUCAGAAGAUUCUCUGGAAUAGUACAGGGAUUAAGGUGCUUACCUCGUGUGUAACCAACCCUGGUUUAGUCCCUGGCACCACAUAUGGUCUCCCAAGUACUGCCAGGAGUGAUACCUGAGCACAGAGCUGGGAGUAAGCCCUGAGCACCUCUGGGCAUGGCCUGGUUACCCUACUCCCCCCAUUAGCAAAAAUUAAACUCUCACAAAAACUUAAAUCUAAGGGUUUUCUUAGAGGAAUUGAAUUAAGGAUUUUCUUAGAGGAAUAUCCCUACGAAGUUCAUUACAUGGAAUGAGACCGAUACUUUGGUUUUGGAGUAUUCAGAAUUCACGGGGACUAUGACCCCGGACGCUGGCAGUCAGGCGAUAAGCAUUCAUAAAGUUCCCGUUGCCUUGUCAUUAUGAGGCCUGAUGAAAUGUCACUGUUCUCUUUGUAUUUUAGUUUUCCUCUCACUAAAGAAGGGACAAAAUUUUCCGCUCCCCGGAUGAGAAGCUGAAACUGCAUUUCUGUAGGAGUGUUGGCUUCUGCCUCAGGGAUCAGCUCAAGCCUGACUCUCGCUCAGGUCUUCAUUCCUCUAGACAGUUAACAACCUUCACAGCAGGCUCCUGCUGGCAUUAUCCGACUCUGCAUCGCACUGCAGUUUGAUUCUCUAAAUUUUCUGUGAUUUGCUUAAUGGGUGGGAGCCAUGUUUUACUCACCUUAUCUCCAAGCUCUAGUCGACUGUUCGUCACACAGAGUAGAUAUUAAAAAUAGUUGGAUGGAUGGACGGACGGACAGACGGAAGUAUGGUUGGGUAAAUGGACAGACAAAGACAAUGGCGUACAUAGAUCUAGUUAAAGAUUGUCCCACCAUCAGCUUCCAGAGGGACUCAGCAAGACUGCAGGAAUUUGAUCAAUGCAGAUUGUUCCCUGUCCUUUGAAGAUUCGUUACUAGGGACACCUUUGUAUUCAAGGAGAACAAGUGUUACUCAGAUUCUUAUACUUGUGUAUAUGUUUACUUCUCCUGAUGGUAUGAGAAUGGUCUGUAACAAUAUGUAAAGAUGUGUUUUUUUAAAAUAGUUUUUAUCCCCGUAACUUUUGAAUGUUGUUACUGGUUUUUAAUAUAAGCUGG